CAAUAUAGAAAAAGAAAUUGAAAGCUCCAUCGCUGUCCCAUUGCCGAAAGCCGCAGGAGAGAGAGAGAAGAGAAGGAGAGAAAUUGCCGAAACCCACUCUUCCUUCCCAGUCAUCAUCAUCUUCUUCCUUUGUUCAACUCAAUUUCCUCUCUUUCUUCGGAGCCUGUCCUUCUCCCUCCCCCGGGGCUCCUCCGCCCCGACCCGGAUCUCCCCCCGCCGCACGCAUUUCCCCACCUCUACACGCCGCCGGCAGAGCAAAUGUACUCCGCCCUGCACUCUCUACCGCUGGACGGGAGCAGCAUAGUCGGCGGUGGAGUAGCUGGAGCGGGGCACGUGGAUUUCCAGGGGUCGUUGGAUGGGACCAAUCUACCUGGGGAUGCGUGCUUGGUUCUCACCACGGAUCCGAAGCCCCGCCUCCGGUGGACCGCCGAGCUCCACGAGAGGUUCAUCGACGCCGUUACCCAGCUGGGAGGACCUGACAAAGCGACCCCUAAAACAAUAAUGAGGACAAUGGGGGUAAAAGGCCUCACUCUUUAUCACUUGAAAUCCCAUCUACAGAAAUACAGGUUGGGAAGGCAAUCCUGCAAGGAAUCGACUGAAAGCUCCAAGGAUGUCGGAAUUGCAGCAUCUGUGGCAGAAAGUCAGGACACUGGCUCAUCUGCAUCAACAUCAUCUAGAAUAGCUGCACAAGAUCUGAAUGACGGUUACCAGGUCACCGAGGCUUUGCGUGUACAGAUGGAAGUUCAGAGAAGACUACAUGAACAGCUAGAGGUGCAGCGUCGACUCCAACUCAGGAUUGAAGCCCAGGGGAAAUAUCUACAGUCAAUACUUGAGAAAGCUUGCAAAGCUCUAAACGACCAGGCAGUUGCAACUGCUGGACUGGAAGCUGCAAGGGAGGAGCUUUCAGAGUUGGCAAUCAAAGUAUCCAAUGAAUGUCAAGGAAUGGCACCCAUUGACACCAUAAGGAUGCCGUCUUUAUCUGAACUUGCUGCUGCUUUAGAGAGCAAAAGUGCUUCUUCGAAUGUGCCGGCUCGGAUUGGUGACUGCUCCACAGAGAGCUGCUUGACUUCAAUUGGGAGUCCAGUUUCGCCAAUGGGAAUGUCUCCACAGGCUGCUGCUGCCAUGAAGAAAAGAUCAAGGUCUGUCUUUGGCAAUGGAGAUUCUCUCCCACUGGAUGGCACCACCAUGCGUCAUGAAGUUGAAUGGAUGAUGAACAACAUGGCCUGAAGAGCUAGCUAGCUAGCUGCCGCAAAGUUAGCAUCCUAGAAUCAACUCCUCGUUGUUCACCACGUCCUUCUCCCUCUUCUUGGUUAUUGUCCUCAGAUUAAUUUGAUCUCCUAAGUUAACUGUAUCACCUUCAAAAUGGUCUCCUGUAUAGUUUGGGAUCCUUUUUCUAAUUGUAGGAACUUUUGCCUAUUCAGUUGGAAAGAUAUCAACUUUCUCGUUUCUUCCCCGCAAGCACUUCACUUUCAGUUAACAGCCUUUUUGGCCCGAGGAAAAUCGAUCUGCAAAAUCCUUGGCCGACGACAAACCAAACAGGCCUAGACUCUGCUAAGAUUUAUAAAUCUCCUUAUUAAGC